AUGAAGGAAGAAAGCGCCGAUUCGGGCGCCAGCUCGGACCAAAACCCUCCUCCGAAAGUCCCCCUCUCCUCGUCAAGCCCACCGACUCAUACCCAAAACGAGAACCCCCUCGCCGUCAGCAGCAGUGAAGCUCCAAAUGACAAAACGCUCUGGCAAAAGCUCCUCCCCGUCGUCGCCUGCGGAGCAGGGUUGUUUUCUGACGGGUAUAUCAACAACGUGAUCGGCUCCGUCAUAACCGUCCUCGCAAUCCAGUACGGCCCCCUCUGGUCCACCUCCACAGCCAAAUCCUACCUCAGCGCCAUCGCCUUCGCCGGAACGGUGGUGGGGCAGUUGCUGUUUGGGUAUCUGAGUGAUAAGUGGUCGAGGACAAACUCACUGUUGCUGUCGACGCUGAUCCUGAUCUUGUUCACGGCGUUGAGCACGGGGAGUUACUACAAAGGGGACGCGGUGGGCAUGUUCAACGUGCUGACGGCGUGGAGGUUUUUUGUCGGGAUCGGGAUCGGGGGGGAGUACCCUGCGGGAAGCGUCGCGGCGGCCGAGUCGUCAGGGGAGCUGAGGAAGGGAACGAGGAAUAUGUGGUUCAUUUUUUUUACGAACAGCAUGAUUGACUGGGGCUUCGUGAUGGGGGCUUUUGUCCCCUGGCUUGUGGCGGCCGCGUGCCACAACACCAACCUGGAAGUUAUUUGGAGGACGAGUCUCGGGAUCGGGGUGGUGUUUCCGCUCAGCCUGUUUGUCCUGAGGUUUUUCCUCAAGGAGCCAGAGGAGUUCCAGAAGCACUCGAUGAAGCACGCGCGCACGCCGUACAGGCUUGUGUUUAGGUUUUAUGGUUGGAGGCUGUUUGUCGUCAGUUCUAUCUGGUUUCUGUACGACUUUUCGGCGUACUCGUUUUCGAUCUACUCGAGCACGAUCCUGGCGAACAUUUUUGACGGGGACUCUGCGCCGCUGACGACGGUUUUUGGGUGGAACACGGUGAUCAACCUGUUUUACAUCCCGGGCACGAUGCUGGGCGCUCCGGUGUCUGACUUGUUGGGUCCUAAGAGGGCGCUUGCGGUUGGGGUUUUGCUCCAGGGGGUUGUUGGGUUUGUGAUGGCGGGUUGUUACCCCUAUCUGGCGAGGCCGGGGGUGGUGGGAGGGUUUGCGGUGGUGUUUGGGAUCUUUCAGAGCCUGGGGGAGCUGGGGCCGGGGAACAAUAUUGGGGUGUUGGCUGCGAAGACUUGUGCUACGGGGGUGAGGGGGCAGUAUUAUGGGGUUGCGGCUGCGGUUGGAAAGCUGGGGGCUUUUGUGGGGACCUAUGUAUUUCCGUAUAUUGUCAAGGCUGGGGGGGGGAGCGAGGUGCUGUCGGCCCAGUAUCCGUUUUAUGUGUCGAGCGCGGGGUGUGUGUUGAGUGCGGUGCUGUGCUGGGUUUGGGUGCCGAGGGUGGAGCAAGACAUGAUCAGGGAUGAGGAUGAGAGGUUCAGGGGGUUUUUGGAGGAGAAUGGGUAUGAUACUGGGCAGCUGGGGUUGAGGAAGGAUAGGGCGGCGGUUUUGGUUGAGGAGGGGAAGUGAUUGUUCGAGUUGAGAGCUCGGGGGUAUGGGGGGAAUGAUUCAGGAAUCGGGGUAGGUAUCCUUCAUGGACAUGCCAGAGAGGAUGUUUCUGCUUCAAAAAUCGGCAUGUUGUGCAUAUCACUUCUGGAGCUUGCUCCCUCGCAAGCCCCUCUAAUGUCGUACACACCAUUUGUGUAUCAACCGGUGGGGAAAGCCUUAGGAGAGACACUGGACCAGGUGCCUACCUACCUAUCGAUAAACAUCAGAGGACUUGUCGACAAGAGGAAACACAUGGGACCUUUAUGUCUGCAAUUGUAUUCGACAAGCCUGUCUGUCCACCCUCGACAUCCUCUAUAACCAUCU